GACCUGCCGAAUCCCAAAAGAGGAGGAUCUAUAAAGACGGAAACAAAAAUAAUCCCGGCUCGAUUCAGUCUCACCAGACUCCCUGUGCGUGUCUUGCAAAAAAAAAAGGCAGUUUUUUCUGCACCUUAACAGCGAACGAGGAGAUUCUUUUCAAUACACGCGCAACAGAAGAUAUGUGCCAUGAACGCUAUCCAUAAAGGCGGGGAAACCCAACCGUUGGCUAUGAACAGCGAACUCAACGUUCCAGUGGCCUCGUCCACAGCCGGGAUGUCCGAUCGGCUUCAGGAUGGUGGAGGGAUGGAUUAUCGGGACUGGGUCCGGCGCAGCUAUCUCGAGCUGGUGACCUCCAACCAUCACUCAGUGCAGGCGCUGUCUUGGAGGAAGCUCUAUCUGAGCAGGGCCAAACUCAAAGCGUCUAGCCGCACAUCCGCUUUGCUCUCCGGCUUCGCCAUGGUAGCCAUGGUGGAGGUGCAGCUGGAGGUGCAGUACAACUACCCACGUGCUCUUCUGGUGGGUUUCAGCGUGUGCACCACAGUGCUGGUGGCUGUUCACCUGUUUGCGCUGCUCGUCAGCACGUGCAUCCUGCCCAACGUGGAGGCGGUGAGCAACAUCCACAACCUGAACUCGGUGUGCGAGUCGCCACACGAGCGCAUGCACUACUACAUCGAGCUUGCCUGGGGCUUCUCUACGGCACUCGGCAUCUUGCUCUUCCUCGCCGAGGUCGUGCUGCUGUGCUGGAUCAAGUUCCUGCCUGUGGACUCUGGGAUGUUUCCUAAACCGGGGGUGGUGACAGGGCCUGGCGCAACGGUGUCAGUCCCUGAGCCGGGCUACAGCGGCUGGCAGGCUGCACUCGCCUCCACUAUCAUCAUGGUGCCUGUGGGGAUCAUCUUCGUCAUAUUCACUGUGCAUUUCUAUCGCACACUGGUGCGCCACAAGACCAAGCGCCAUGACCAGGAGAUCGAAGAGCUGCACAAGAUCAAGGUGCAGCUAGAUGGCCAUGAGCGCGGCCUACAAGCCGUGUGAUCUUCAGGGAUAUUUUUGCUUUAGUUCUUGCUUCUUGGUGGUCACUCUAUCUUUACGUCUAUACGCACCUUUAACUUUGCUCGUUGUCAAAUUAUAUUCCUGCAUUUUUUUUUUUUUUUUUUAAACAAACGCAACAACUCUUAUAUGGCCUGUUUACAGAAUUGCACCAAGGGCUUUUUUUUCUAAUGAGAUUAAGACUUUGCCAUCUUCUGUUGCCAUGCUCCAAGAACCAAUUAUGGCUUAAGGGAGUAUUUAUAUUUCACUCUUUAGUUCCCCUUUUGCUGGCUGUGUGGUGUUUAUACAGGGGACAUAUAAUAACGUCAUACAAACAUAAUGGCAAACUUGCAUUUAAUACAAAGAGAAGCGCACGUCUUUAUACCCUCUCUGUCAUCCUGACUCCCUCAGUCGCUGGCCAAUGCUUUAAGAUUGCACGUGAACUAUUUAUUCAUGUAUCUCAAUAUAAGCUAAGAUCCCCACACAAUGAACAAGAAAUGCACUCGUCAUGGGCUACUGAUUUGUUCAACCCUGCUUUUAUAUAUGGUAUGCCAAAACUGAUCAUAGGAUAUGUAUGGGAUACAAAAAAAAAAAAACGCAGGAGUUUGCCUUACAGUAAGCAGUAAAGCUGACUAGGCCUAAGUCGAAGGGGGUCCGAUAUGCAACAACGAUGAAUGUGUGCCUUUUUUUUUUUUUGCCAACAAUGUAGUGUUACGUCUUCUACGUUUUUUUGUUUGUUUGUUUUUUAAAUACAAAGGAGUCGAGUCUCUUUACCCUUACCAUGUGUAGAAGUUACAGUCCCUGUUUGUCUUGUCUUUUGAAUAACUUUAUAGAACCAUUUCAACAACCGAUAUGCUAAUAGUCUUAAACUCUUAACAGUUGACACAUUUCAGUAUUUUUAAGCAGUCAGUUUGAAGCCUAGAGCAGACUCUUGGUGUAGUGUGGUUUGAAUAUGUUUGUGUGUCUGUGCAUGUCACACAGUGUUUGUCAGUUUGUAUUACAGGUGGUUUACAGUAGGGAAACGGCUGAAUGUUUGUGCCCAGCUUCAUAUAUUGACUGACUGAACAUGUCCUGAAUGCCGCUACUUCUUACUUCAGAGAUGCAUUCGAGCCCACCAACACCAAGCUCAUCUUCAUCUCACCCGCUCAACACGCCUCCUCUGAACAUUUCUGCUCCCUUUACUUAACAUGAAGACACGGGGACGACAUUCCAAAGUGUUUUGACCAACAACUGCCUGCCUUAUCUCAAAUACGAGACAUAGAAAGUGCACUUGUAGCGUAACGGACGGCGAGUAGAAGAGUCGUAUUUCACAAACCUGCGAUUACGAUACGGGAAGCUGUUACACAACGGAAAUAUGUCAGAAUGUUACUGUGGGGUAUUUAUCAAUGCACAAACUAGCAUUUGUGUACUUUAUCCAUUGAUGUUAAAACUGUACCGAUCACUUGAUGUCCACUUAGUGCCAAAGGCCCUAAAGAGACCAAAAUAAACAGCAGUAAACAUCACAAAAAUAAAAAACAGUCACUCUGUG